AUGAUUGAUAACUACUAUCCAAGUGGAUAUCACUCAGCUAUGCUUGAUAAUGAAAAAAUGCUCAACCAUAUAAUGAAACCAAACCCAACACUGUCCACUGAUAAACAUGAAAAUCAAUGUGAUUGUCAAUCUUGUCGUUUGACCAGGCGAUAUCAAAACAGCAUUCCAGCAUAUCUACCUGAAAGAUACGAUGAUACCUCGGAUGAAGUGAAUGAUUUCUCUGAAUUUCAACAAAUCACUAUGGCACUGUUGAAUACACUUAUGGCGACAACUGAAAUGUUACGUACACAACUGAAAGUAAGGCAAGCAGCUCUAGCAUCACGAAAAUGUUGCAGUAAUAGACAAGUAGCUAAAGACAGAGACAGAUUUGCACAGACUCAAGGAUGGAAUGAAAAUGCCAUGUGUAAUAUUCUAAAAGUUCAACAUUCUUGUAGUGAAGAAGAUUCUAAUGAAGAUAACUUGACUUUAUCGAUUUAUAGAGCAGAAGACAAAGGCAUCAACUAUCGACAGAGGGAGCAGUUAACACCUCUGUCUAUUCAGUAUCAUCAAAACAUAUCCGAGAAGAAGAAGAAGAAGAUAAAGGAGAAGAGGCCUGCUACCAGUACUACUAACACUCCUUACCCCAUAUCAAGUAGGAGGAUUAAGGAAGAUUCUGUGAACUGUAGUAGAUUCAUUACACCAAUAUUAAAAAAUUCUUCAACAAAAUAUAUUCAAACAUUAUCUUCAGAUAUACUGAAAACCAAUGCACAGAGAAUGAAUCAUGAUUUACAUCGAAAUGGAAAUGGCUUAAAUUUGCGAAACAAUUUCACAUCGCAUUUGUUUAAAUCGACCAAUAGAGAUUUAAAUUCGAAAGCGCCAAAAAUGAACAUUCAUCAUCAUUAUCAUGAUCAUCCACAUUUGCAACAUAAUUUAAACAAAAGGAGUGUAUCAUUUGAAAGGUAUACUGAUGACAACUUAUUUAAGAAUAUUGAAAAUACAAGAAAACAAGAAGGAGGAGGUCACGUAACUAAAACAAAAUUAUUGUGUACUAAUUGUCAUCAAUUGUUAAAUUUCUAUUGUAAGCCUGAAAGCAAAUGUCUGUGUUGUCAGAAGAGCAUAGAUAUCUCAUUGUUGACGUCAUCAUCCUUGUCGACAUCAUCGUCUACACUUGAUUCACAGUUUGUUUUAAUUAAUCGUAAAGAAGAGAGAUAUCAGAUUGCUUCGUCACCGUCACCAUCACCACCAACAGUAACAACAACAGCAACAACAACAAUGUCGUUUACAUCGACAACUUCAAUGAAAACUAUUUUUCACUCAAUACCCUGA